AUAAACGAGUGCAAUAACAACCCUUGCAAGAACGGAGCUACCUGUGAAAAUCUUCAGGGAAGUUAUCGCUGCAAAUGUAAACCAGGAUUUACCAACAACAACUGUCAAACAGGUAAUUGCUUUUUUACUUUAUAAACAAGCAAUGGUGAGGUAACAGGCUGCCCUCGCGAUAUUUUACCAAAAAACGUACGACAAUGUCAUUUGCUGGUAUGGACUGAAUUUAAAAAAGGCUAAAAAAUUCCGGCCUUGAACUGUCAGAGGUAUAGUAUAACAUAAAGAGAGCAUGCACUAGGAACAGCCCUUGUGUAUUGAUCGAGCUCUACUUGUGUACAUGAACAAAGGGCGGAGUUUGAUGUCUCUCUCUGCGCGAUUGCGCGUCAAGACCAGCCUGAGCGUCCCCACCAACUCUGAACUCUGUCGGAGGGCAGGUUAUAGCUAUCAUUGUAAAGCUGGAUAUUCUGGAAUCAAUUGCGAAAUUGGUGAGAAACGUUCCUCUUUAAUCUAAGUUUGAACAAACCACGCAUCAAAGAACACAUCAGUUUACAAGCAACUUCUAACAGUCGACGUCAUCGUGAUAAUCAUAAUCAGGGGCGUACUCAGCUUUUCCACUAGCUGUAGGCCUGCACUUUCCUAACCUUUUUAGCUCACUUCCCAAACGCAUAAUUUAAUUAUUACUAGAGGUAGAGUGAUCAAACCAAAAAUUUGUCGCCUCGGGCCUGCAGGUUUAUCGGCUGGCUACGCCCCUGAUAAUCAUAAUUAUAAUCAUCGUCAUCAUCAUCAUCAUCAUCAGUAAUCUUUCAUGCUGCCGCUUCGUUUAUUCAUGGCCCAUACAACCUCAGUAGAAUAGACAUUGAAUGCCAGUGGAAAAGCGAAAAGCAAUAUUCUUAUCCUCAAUAGAUAGAAAGUAAAUUGUAAGUACAAGCCGUCCCGCUUCUACUUUCUAACUAUCCUUUGUUAAUUAUAUGUCUCUUUUUAUAAGCCUACUCUACAUAAAUCACGCUGAAGGAGGUUGCUCUGCACUUUUUGUUAGAACCUUGCUUCAUAAUUCAGCCCAUUAAAAAAUUGAUAAUAAUUAAUGUUCUGUUUGAACACAAUUGUGUUUAUAGAUUAUAAAAACGUUAGAUGGUCAGUACUCAAGCCGUAAAAACCCGGUAGCUAAGUGUGCUUUAGCGGCUCGCAAGAGAGGUUACAGGAUGUUUGCAAUUCAAGAUGGAGGAUGGUGUGCAUCUAGUGCGACUGCUGGGAAAACGUUUAACAAAUAUGGCAAGAGUGAUGCGUGCCGACAACGAGAAGGUGGUGCUUGGGCAAACGAUGUGUACAUUCUCCAAG